AUGAAACGCAAACGUCGUAAUAACAAUUUGAAGGAAUAGCAAGAGCAUCAGAAACGAGCGCAAAGACGAUAAUAGAAAUUUUCAAUUAGUUUUUGGUUUUUUGAAAAAUUUUGCAUUAUAAUUUAUAUUUUGUUAAUCGUGUACACAAAACUGCAAAGAUUUAUGCACUAGCCAAAUCGUUCCAGAUUAUUUUAUUGAUGGCAAAAAUAUAGUUAUAAGACUGCAAACAUUGCUAAAUAAAAAACGAAAAAAAAAUAGUAAACUAUAUAAAUAGAUAUCCUCCGAAAACCGAAUUUGUUUACGUAACCAAUUCUUCCAAAACAUGAACUUAUCUUCAUCUUCCAAUCGUGAUUUGUCUCGAGCAGACUCCCAAUCACCACCAUUAAGUGCUCGAAAUAAAAGCAAAGGACAACUCAAUGACACAACUCUGGGUGGCAGUAGCAUAUAUGACAGCGCCUUGGAGAAUCUCACCGCGUAUACAUCUUUUGACGAUAGUGCCAAUGACAAUUCACAUCUCAACGUAUCCUCCGAUGCAACAUUAAACGGCAGCGAUUCACAUCGAUUUAACACAACCACCGGUUCAGGCAGCUCUACUGCUACUCGUGACUUGAAUACAAACAUUAGCGCCAGUCUGCUAUUAAUACAGUCUGAGAGCACCGAGACAAAUGCUUCACAAGAAGAAGUUGAUCCAAAAUCCCAGCUAGCAAAUAAGACAAUAUUUAAAACGGAUAAUCCGGAUUUGUCAAUUAUAGAAAUUAGUGAUAAUUCAAUUAAAGAGCAAGACGCUGAAAAUUCAUUUUUCCUAAUAGAAUCGUUAACUAAUGAUAAAAGUGAACAGCAGAAAAAUAAAAAGAGUUCUCCCUUAAAAACUAACGAUACUGCUAUUGCAACAGCCUCGGAGAAUAGGCGUAAAAAAGCUGAAUCGCUGAUACAAUCCAGUAAACAAACAUUAAAUGUAGAUGUGGUUGAGGCAUUCGCUGCUGAAUCCAAAGCCGCUAGUGGCGAUACAAAUGACAUUGUUGAGGAGGUGUCGACCGAAAUACAACCCGUCACCAAGCGUGAAAUGAAAAUAUAUGAUACAAUAGAAGAGUUUGAAGCGAAUUUGCCGUCGACGGUAACAGUGCUGGACACACCAUUCGGUAGCAGAGUUUAUUUGGUGGGCACAGCUCAUUUCAGUGAGGAGUCGCAGGAUGAUGUCUCUUAUGUUAUACGCAAUGUCCGUCCAGAUGUGGUGAUGGUUGAACUCUGUCCAUCACGUGUACAUAUAUUGAAACUUGAUGAGAAAACGCUGUUAGAGGAAGCUAAAAAUUUCAAUUUCGCGAAGAUUCGCAGCAUUAUCCAAACACAUGGCUACAUCAACGGCAUCUUCUUCAUCCUCUUAUUACAAAUGAGCGCACAAAUCGCCAAAGAUUUGGGCAUGGCGCCGGGUGGCGAGUUCCGCCGUGCAUUCGAAGAAAUUCACAAAAUACCCGGUUGCAUGCUACAUCUCGGCGACCGACCUAUACGCAUCACGCUACACCGUGCACUGCGCGCGCUCUCGCUAUGGCAGACCAUGAAAUUGGUGUGGCGUCUCACAUCCACCGACACCAUAAGCAUUGAAGAGGUGGAGGAGUGCAAACAGCGGGAUUUACUCGAAAAGUUGAUGCAAGAGAUGGCUGGCGAAUUCCCAGAGUUUUCCGAUGUAUUUGUGAAGGAGCGUGAUACAUUUCUAUGUCAUUCAUUGCAGCUGGCCGCUUUACCACAAGCGCCAAUUGAUGGCUCCGGUAUACCACGACCAGUGCGUGUCGUCGGUGUUGUAGGUAUUGGGCAUGCUAAUGGCAUUGCAGAGAAGUGGGGACGUGUCGAUCCACAGAGCAUACCUGCAAUUAUGGAAAUACCACCCGCACGUUUGAGUACACGCAUUGCUUGGUUCUCAGUUAAAGCAUCUAUUGGCAGUAUACUGCUAUAUCAUACAUAUAAGAUCUUGCGACCAACCAUAAGGCGUUUGUUUUAAAUGUGCUUAUCAGUGCAAUGAUAAGUGCUGUGUGGAAAUCGUGCUCGAUUUGCUUUUUAAACGUAUAUACAUAUAUACAUAUAUAUAUACCGUACAUAGAUGUUAUAAACGCAUCAAAUCAAAUUUUAAAGCAAAAAAUUAUGUGUUUUCCACAUAAUUGUGCGCGUGAGUGUCAAUGCGCGUAGAAAGUUUCGGUGAUUUAAGUUAACGUUAAGAUAUUUACAUGUGAAAUACGCCGAGUUUUUAUCUGUGUAAUCGUUUGCAUACCUAUGUAUGUAUGUACAUAUGUGUUACAUACAAAGCAAAGCAACAGUUGCAUAUAAAUAUUUGCAUUUCAUUUAAUUAAAUUGCACAAUACCGUAACAUGAUAAUAAAAAAAUUAAUGGUUUUCAGAGGCAACAACAAACAACAACGUAAUUGAGCCGCACUAAAAAUAUAUAUAGAAACAUUCGUUCACAAGAAUAUACAUACAUAUGUUGUACAUAAAUGUUAAAGAAAUGUGUGAUUGAAACUAUCAAAAUUAAAAUAUAUAUUAUAAAAUAAGUACACAAACUAAGCAAAGAAACUAAAACUAUCAAAAACUAAAAAAAAAACAAUACUUGCUAACUGUAGUUUACUAAAUUCGUAGGCAGAACUAUAAUUUUUAGAUGAGAUGAGUUCGAGGCAGCUGUAUGAAUAAUCAAACAAAUCACAGGACCAAGCAAAGCUCGCAUUUGCAAAACAUUGUGUCGUAUCAGUCCAACAUUCCCAGUAGUAAGCAGAAAUGUUUCGACCUUAGCACAUAUUCCAAAUGCCGAAAAUUAUAAAAAAUCACAUUUUAAAAUCAAUGUAGACCCUAGUAUAUUAAAUAUAUAUCUAUAUAUUUUUUUGUAGUUUUAAACUGUUGUAUAAGCCUAGAUGUACACCUGUCUGUAUUCUGUAUUGUAAAUAUGUCUAAAUACAAACCGAUACAAAAGUACAUAUGUCUGUAUGUCAUAAAAUA